AUGUCCUUUCAUUUGAGCACUAAGGAGCGUUUGCUAUUGCUAUUAGAUGACAUUGAAUUAGUGGCAAAAGAGCUGAUCGAAAACACAGUUGCACCAAAGCAUCAGAANAAAGAUGAAGAGUUCAGAAAAAUGUUAGAAUUAGCUGAUGAGCAAGCUAAAAUCGAGCAAAAAAUGGACGAGCUGCGUGCCAAAGUUGAAGUGCAUGAUCGGGAAAUACAAAAGUUGCAAAAAUCACUAAAGGAAGCGGAACUUAUACUUUCGACCGCAAUUUUUCAAGCACGUCAAAAAUUGGCUA